AUGACUUUAUCUUCCCUACCAAUAUCACCAUCUUCAACAAUCUCAACAUCACCACAAGCACCAACAUCAAUGCCAGAAAAUCUGGAAUUAUUUUUACUUGUAUGGUGUGAUUCAAGUUUAAACAGAGAUGAAAAUAAAACAAUAUACGAAAAAUUACGAUCAAUCAUAAACUGUUUGAGAACAUUUGAUAAUUCAGAUCAUUGUGAAAAAUACAUUCAACAAGUGAAAGAUGAAAAAAUUGUUUUAAUUGUGAACGAUCGAUCUGGAAGAGAUCUUAUUCCAAAAAUUCAUGAUUUGCAAUCUGUCACUGCUAUUUAUCUAUACUGUCCCAGUACAAGGACAAAUAGGCAGUGGUCGAUGAAAUAUAAGAAGAUCGUUGCAUUGAUUACACAAUCCGAUGAAUUAAUCGACAACAUCAAAAAAGAUCAAAGAAAACGUAAUAAGUUGGAAACUGAAACAUCAACAAUUAAUAUUUUUAAUACAUCGAUUGAUAAAGAACAAAAAUCUCAUACCAGUUUAAAUGCAUCAUUCAUGUAUUCACAAUUACUUACCGAUAUUCUUCUACGUAUGAAAUCGACAUUGACAGACAAACAUGAAUUAAUUAAUCUGUGUAAAGAACAAUAUAAAGGAAAUAAAACAGAACUUGAUAUUGUAUAUGAACUCGAUCAGAAUUAUUCAUCAGAUCGAGCUUUAUGGUGGUAUACACGCGAAUGUUUUCUGUACCGUCUUUUAAAUAAAGCUUUACGUACACAAAACAUUGACCUAUUAUUUUCAUUUCGUUUUCUAAUACGAGAUAUACACACACAACUCAGUGAACAAUAUCGUCUUCAACAACAUGCGGACUCAAUUAGUACAUUUUAUCGUGGUCAGAUGUUGACAAGUAAUGAGUUACAACAAAUGAAAGAUAAUAUCGGAUCAUUAAUUUCAAUGAAUAGUUUCUUAUCAACAAGUGUUAAUAGAUAUCAGGCACUUUCAUUUGCAUUAUCUAGUACUGCAAGUGACAUUUCUCAAAUUAUUUUAUUUGAAAUAAAAGCAAGACAAUAUCCAUCGCCUAUCGCUACAACAAAACCUUUUGCAAAUAUUUCAUCUAUAAGUUAUUUUGAAAACGAAGAAGAAACUUUGUUUAUGUUCGGUUCUAUAUUCCGAUUGGAUAAUAUUUGCUAUGAUGCUGAUCAAUGUUUGCAUACCAUUCAAUUAACAUUAUGUAACGAUGAAAAAGAUCAUAAUUUGAAAGAACUUUCACAGUAUAUGAAACAAGAAAUGAAUGAUGAAAAUGAAUUGAUAUCAAUCGGACAUAUUUUAACAAAAAUGGGUGAUUUAGAAAAAAGUGAACGAUAUUUUAAACGUUUACUAAACGAAUUAUCAUUAUCGAUUGAUGAUCAGUCAUUAAUUCCACAUUGUUUAAGAGGAUUGGGUGCUAUUGCUGAUAUUAAAGCAGAUUAUGAUUUGUCACUAGGAUAUUAUCAACAAUCACUUGAUCUCUUCAAGACUUUGCCGUCGAAUCAUCCCGAUAUUGGACGAAGUUACAAUAAUAUGGGACUAGUAUAUUUGAAAAACAAUAAGAGUAAACAAGGAAUAGAAUAUUUGGAAAAAGCUCUCGACAUUUUAAAAAUCGCUCUAGGUGAUAGCCAUCCAAAUUUAGCUUUAAUUUAUAAUAAUAUUGGAACUGCAUAUAUAAAAGAACAACAAUAUCAAUUAGCUCUAGAAAAUUAUCACAAAGGAUUAGAUAUACAACGACAAAAUUUACCAACAAAUCAUCCUGAUUUAUCAAUGUCAUUUAGCAAUAUUGGACUUGUUCAUUUUCUCACAGAUAAGUAUGAUUUAGCAUUAGAGAAUUAUCAGAAAACGUUAGAAAUUCAAUUUAACUCUUUGCCACCCGAACAACCAUUGAUCGGUUCAACGUAUCUAAAUAUUGGUUUAGUUUAUGAACUUCAAAAUCAGAAUCAACAAGCUCUAAUCAAUUACCAAAAAGCUUCAGCUAUUUUUCAUCAUUCAUUAUCACCAUCUCAUCCACAUGUCCUUCAAAUUGAGGAAUUUAUUCAAAGAGUGAAUUUAAACAAGUAA